GAGAUGACUACUUCAAAAAGGUUUUUCCAUUUAAACGUAUCUUGCCAAAAUCAUUGAAAAAAGAUAUUUAUGGCUACUUUUUGUCAGAAAAUUAUCAACCAAAGUCAAUAAUUCUACCACCAAGAAUUUCACCGAUUGACUCUACCAUAGUAACAAAUAAACACGCUUCAAUGAUUGAAUCUUGGAUGCAAAAUCUUAUUAAUAGUAAUAUUACUACUGGUACCACCGCUAUCAAUAUUGUUAAUAACAGUAAUCCAAUCAAUCCAAUUACUAAUUAUGAGUGA